AUGCCAUCUUGUCUAUCUAUAUUUUUAUUUGUAAAAAACACAACGCUAUCUUUACUUAUGAAGAAUUUCCCAUCUCUACAUGCUCAGCGUAACUUGAAAUGUCCAUUAAAGCCUUCUAAACCAACACCAACUCACUACCAACUCAACGCAAUCCCAAUCCAGUGGGUGCUAGUAAUCUUAUUGGGACUGUUGAAUGGGAUUGGGGCGGAUAGUAGUUUACUAGUCUAUCCGAUUACCCCUCCAACCCUACACACUAUUGGGUUUACGUGGAACAUGUCUGUCGACUUAAAGAUUACGCCUUUCUCUUCCUCGCCACUACUAGAAUCCGCGUCUCCGGCUAUUGGAACUUCGUCUCAAUUGGCAUCCACAAAAGACAAAAUAACCAAUUGGGUGGUGGAAUGCCCGGGCGAAACAGUCACAUUUUCCCUGCCGGCUAAUCUAAACAAUACUCUUGCCAAUCUUGUUUUGGCGCAUUUACAAACGAUUGUCGUCAUUAAGACUAAAGAUGCUUAUGUUCAGUACACAAAGAGAUGCCAAAUUGAUCACCUGCUAGCAAUGCAAAUUCUAUCUCGAGUUGUUAACCUGUUUGACUGUCACAACCUGCAUCUUGACCUGAUGCCGGGCUUGGGAAUAAGCCAACCCAAUCCUAACCCAUGUGAUUAUACUAUCUGUCACAAAGAAGCUCAAAAGACUUUUGACCGCAUUGACUAUAAGGUGCUGUGCACACUAACAAGCGAAUAUGACAUGAACGCAGUCUUUACAGAAUUCUUACGUAACAAGGUUUUCUUGCUGCGGCCAAUUUCAGGCAUCAAAAUUCCCGAUGGCCACUGUUGCAACCCGGCCUUCCUUAGCCGCUUACCGCUCACCAACAAUUACGCCAUCUUUCUUAGGCCGACAUGGAAUGAUGGCACUACCUCUAAACUUAAUUUCGGGUUUCUUCAAACGUCUCCUCCUAUGUGUAAUAAGAUUCAUGUGCGUUGCAGCGAGAGUUUAUAUGAUCGAUUGGCCGGACUUGAGCAUGCGAGAGUUAAAUACCCCAGACUGAUUCUGGAAACUACGUGGAAAGCUAUUAUAAACGAUAGCACAUUCAAUAGAACUCCGCCCCAAACAAUGGUUGAUAUUUCUACCAUUCUGGUCUUGGAUGUUGACCUGCUUGCUAUCGCGCAAAUAACUGAUGCAUCCACAAUCACCCAACCUGCCCGGCCUUGGAUUGAGGCUAACAAACUUAUUUGUGAAUUAAACUGCUAUGUGCCAUGUAAAUCCAUCUCCUGCUACCAAGGGGCCUUUACCCCUACGGCCUUUGCCAAGUACGGUGUUUUAGUCAAACAAGUCGAGGUAAGGUACUCAAAGGACCCCAGAGAAGACUUGUCUACGUCUCUUAGUUUACUCGUGCCUCGCAUGCAAACACACUACGAACUCAACUCCAUUCAGUGCUGUGGUGAUGCACUCAGUGGCUCUUUUGAAAGGAUUAAAGAUCCAGUUGACAUCACAGUUGAAGUUGAAGAUGGCCACUUUGCCUACAGCUACUUCUGCCAGCACUUGCGCUACACCAUUAUUAAUAUUGCCGGUCGGGAAGAGCCAAGCCCAACAGAUGCCUACCAAUGCACUCAGAUUCUACUGCGCUUCCGAAACAUCAAUACUCGCGAGCUUCGCAUCUCAAAUGUGCAUGGCAGUAUUAAUCUCGCCCCCAAAUGUUAUAGAACGCCCUUGACAAGAGAUUUCGGCAAGUGCAAACUCAAAGCCAACAAACUAAUACUAGCCAAUACUACUCCAGACCUUAUUGACUGGAUACUAUAUAAUUAUGAGCUGGUCUGUCCCAUAGAGAUCUACCUCAUAAACCACCACCUCACAAACCUUGCCAUUGCCAAAGUUCUUGCCCGUAAAGAAGCCCGCAAUAUCUCCAAACUCGUGAUCGUGGGUCUGCGUGGCUUAGCUGAGUUUGAGCCACCUAGCCAGCCAAGUAGGACCAACAAGUUCCCACUGUUUAAGUAUGUAUUGAGUUCUGAAGAAAACGACUUCGCCCAAGAACUUGCCCUGCACAAACUAGUCUUGCUGCCAGAAGAUAUAGAUGUUGACUCGCAAUGGGUUAGUAGUGGGUUACAGUUCAUCAGAGCCCAUGGUGGGCAAGUUCUGUCCAGCCCAGUCGAGGAAUACGUGUCAACUUCAUUAGCCCAAUCUAACUCAGCCAACCCAAUGGACACAACCGGUACCACUCCUUACAACACCACUCUAGCAGCCUUCAGUUCCACUUUACGGGCCAUCAAGGCCUUUACUAUGCGAUGUCUGUCCUGUCCAGCCGAGGAAGAUGUGCCAACUUCACUAAGCCAAGCCAACCUAACUAACUCACUGGACACAACCGGCAUCACUCUUUACAACAUCACUCUACCAUUCUUACAAGCCGAUCUUAUAAAAUACCAAGCCAAUAUAACAGCCGGCACCAACAAGGAAUCUGUGGAAAGGUUAUUCCUGUGUUUCGCCAAGACCCAACUCUUAACUGAAGCCGAUUUGGCGACUAUUAUCCGUUGGGUGGGAUAUCGAUUUAAAGACAUACUAGCCCUGCACUUAAUAAAGGCUGUGUUGUCAGAAGAAGAGCAAAAGAUCAUAAUCAAGCGCAACUACUGGAUUCGUACUCAACCAUCACUUAAAACCAUCCAAAUAAGCAACACUCAACCCAAUACUAAAACCAGCCAUAUUCAGCUAGUACUCAAGCCAUAUCACACUCGUCUGCUCUUGAGUGUCUCGCUUGAUCCUUCUAAAACCAUUAAAGUGCCAUUGCCAUUGCUGGAUCUGCUUGUCAAACACAUUAACGCACCCAACGACACCCUUACCAAGCUCAUUCAAAACAUUCCCUCUCUUAAUGCAGCCAUAGAGGAUCUUACCAAACUCAAACAACUCAACACGAAUGACACACCCAAACAAGUUAACUGUGAGUACAAGAACAAAGAUACACAACUUGAUAAACUUAGCUGUUUACACUGCCAAAAAGCCCUCUAUACCCCUCAAACUCAAACUCAAACCAAAGACAACAACUCAAAUGGCAAACAACCCACCCAAACAGCAACUAGCCUAUACAAAUUCACUACACUCUGCUAUUUCCCCUGUGAACACUUUUUAUGCGAUCUGUGUGCAGAUCAGAAGCUCAACUACAAAUGCUCAGUCUGUCUAAACUCACUUCCAUCUGAGGAGAUUUACCGAAUUGUACCCUUAUCUCCAGCUCAAAUUAUCCUUGUCAAUGAUCACACUAAAAACACGGCGACUGCUCACAACUGGCUCAAAAGCAUGGAAUUUCCAGACGAAUACAUCUACUUCUGCGUAUCUCAUAAAGACAUGGCUGGUUUAGACCGCGAUGGCUCUAUGUCAGCCAUUAUCGCCCCCUUCUAUUCAAUUCAUAUCAUUUAA